AUGGAAGAUGAGGUGAUUCGUUUUCGUGACGAUCCAGAGUGGGACGACGUCGAGCCAAUUCCACUAAAUGAUGAUGAGCAAGGUGCGGUACGAAUAUCUACAACGGAUGCUUUUAACGACGCGUUCAUGUAUUUACGUGCAUUGCUGCAGACGAAUGAAAUUUCAGAACGUGCUUUCAAAUUAACUGAUCGAUGUAUUGAAUUAAAUCCAGCUAGUUAUUCAACAUGGCAAUAUCGCCGAGUAUUACUAAAAGGAUUAAAUAAAAAUUUAGAUGACGAGUUUAAUUAUAUUGCAGAAAUAAUAGACGAUAAUCAAAAGAAUUAUCAAGUUUGGCAUCAUCGUCGAGUGUUAGUCGAAUGGAGUAAUGAUCCCAGCCGGGAACUCGAAUUCACUGCUUCAAUUAUAAAUGAUGAGCCAAAAAAUUAUCAUGCUUGGCAGCAUCGACAAUGGGUUAUUGAAACUUAUCAGUUAUACAGUCAAGCAGAACUUGAUUAUAGUGCCAGUCUUAUUGCUGAUGAUGUUCGCAAUAAUUCGGCGUGGAAUUAUCGCUAUUUUUUAUUAGAGGGUCUUGAUUUUCUAAACCGUCCAGAUGCACUUGAUAAGGAAAUUGCUUUCACUGAAAUGUUUAUCAAACAAGCUCCCAAUAACGAAAGUGCAUGGAACUUUUUAAGUGGUAUUUUAUUUGACAAGGGAUUAUCUUCUCGAACGGAUAUAUUUAAUUUCUGUUAUGAUCUUUGCAAAACGCAGAAAGUACCAUUUUGCUUAAGUUUCAUGGUUGAUGUGUUGAUCGAGAAGAUUGAAAAGAAUAUCGAAAGAGAGAAAAGUUCAAAACACGCUUUUGAGUUAUUAAAAGAAUUAAAGAAGGUUGAUCCGAUUCGAAUUAACUACUGGCAGUAUUGCGAGCAACUUGUUAAUAAUUUAUUGCAAUUUUCUCAACGUGAUGAUUCCUAG